AUGUCAACAACAGAGAACACAACAACAGUUAUAGUUCAUGAAGCUAUAAAUGAAGAAUAUGAGUGGGUUCAGUUUAACAAACAACUCCGUCUCAUUUGUUCGGUCAAAGACGAUAUGUACCAAAUGCAAAGUAUUUUGACAGCAUGUUUUGCUCCAGAUACUAAGAAACCACAAGACUGGUUUAGGAACCAAAGCACACAAGAACUUUUGAGCGAAGCACAGCGAGACAUACUUUUUUCUGAAAACAGUGAAGAACAGCGAGUAAGUAAAAAACCCCAGUCGCCAAAACUCUAUGAAAAUCGUGAAAAAUUGCCAAAUGGUUUGAGAGGAUAUUAUGUACAUAGACUUCUUGUAAAUGCUGUUGCAAUGUGGGCUUCGCCUCGUUAUGCUUGGUAUAUUUACAGACUUCUUGACGAAAUUCAUAGACAAGAACGUGAAGAGAUGGAAAACAAGCUUGAAGCAAAAGACAAAAGCAUUCAGAAAAGAAUACCACGUUCGGUACCAAAAGGAAAGGAAAAGAACUAUAAGUAUAUGAUUUAUACUGAAGAGUUGGAAAAUGAAGAAGAUAAAGAUAUGGUUAUGUUGCAUUUAGUCAGAAGAAACAACAAAAGCUUUUACGACCUUGCUAAGAUUUACAAAUCUGACAGAAAUUGGUUCUAUCGCGAAAACUUACCGAUUUCAAUGACCCCAAAUGAAGAUGUGAAACAAAUAGUUCAAGAUACGUUACCUCAAACACACUAUGAUAUGAAAGGUUGUACAAUACUUACCUUCAAAGAAGACUUACCGCUACUGAAAGAAAAAAUAACAGAGUAUUUUGACAACUUCAAACAAGUAGGGUAG